CGGGAAGACGAGAGAAGCGGACUGAUUUUCUCUACUAUGGAUGGGAAUAUCUACGAUCAGUUUGGGGAGGCCAUUGACAGAAAGUUUGGAAGAGUGAGGGUUGAAGCCCAACGAAGAGCGGCAGCUGGGCCACCACCCCCUGCCAUGUUCAGGCUAUGGCAGGAAAAGGAGAAACCACCGUUUGGGGUGGAAGAAGUGAGGAGCGAUGAGGAAGUGACUCAAGGGCUGCGAGGAGGAAGUGAGACGGAAGAGGCCAUAAUCAUUGAGUCAGAUGACGAGGAUGAGGAGGAAAGAACGGAGCCUCUGUCCGUCUUAUUUGAGAAGAUGGAGAACUUGCUGGAUAAGAUGGGGAGGUACCAACAGGAGUUGGUAGGCCUCUGUGAAGGAGUGAAAGAAUGGAAGUCUAAUGUCCCCACAAUAUUCCUCUAUGACUCCGGCCCAGAGUGGGCGACCCGGAGUAAAUGUGGUGGGGUCGUGCCCUCAACCAGGAAUGAGGAGGAGACCCCUCACUCCGCAGGCCCGGCUGGCACAGGCAGCGCGAACGAGGAAUCAAGCCAAGGCCAGGGACGGCUCAAGCAGGGUUCUCAAAGGCGGUACAAGACGGUAGAUAAGAAGUGYCGCCUGRUACCCGUCCUCGUUACAGAGGACGAUGAAGCAUAUUACGAGAGGGAACGAGGGUUGAUUCGACAAAUGAGGGAAAGUGCUUUAGCAGGGCCAUGUCGUAUCAACGAAGGGAACGAGAAGGAGUUGAUCAUAGGGGAGUCUGAUUUGCUGCUGCCUCAGGAGCGAACACUGAUGGUGGAAUUAAUGAAGAGGAAGCAUCGCGCCUACGCGUUUAGUGACGAGGAGCAUGGCAGACUGGAUGUAGAUAAGAUACCUAUGAUCCGCGUCCACACCGUGCCACACGAGCCUUCGAACAUGAGAGGGGCGCGAUAUCCCAAUCCUGACGAGGAAAGGAAGGUGGUGGAUUAUCUCGACGGCAAGAUACGUACUCACGUCGCCGACUAUUCAAGUGGACCGUAUGUGUCCCCGUGGUUCUGCUUUAUUAAGCCUAACGGGACGCUGCGGUGGGUGCAUGAUUUGCAAAGAUUGAAUGCAGUGACCGUGCGAGAUGCUGGAGGACUGCCGAAUGCAGACGCGCUGUCGGAAUCCUGUGCUGGAAGGCCUAUAAUUUCGCUUAUACACCUUUACUCAGGAUACGAUCAGUUCCCAGUCUACCCGUCGGAUAGGCCGGAAGGGGAGGCGGUGGAGAAUACGCCCCCAGUUGAUGGAUUUCUGGAUCAGGAAGAAGAUGUUCGUCUCCAUAUCAAUAAGUGGUCGGAGCGAGUGCCCAGCUGUGUAGGCUAUCCUAUUUGGCAAGCGCUGAGCGGAUAUGAAAGGAGGACCGAGCUGGUCCUCAAACCCUUUAAAGAAGAGGAUCCCUGGGGCGGUAAGAAUGUUCAAUGGAUGAUGGAAUUAGCGCUGGCCAGCUCGCAUAGCCUGGUGGAGGAUAUGAGGACGAUUGAGGAAGGACCUGGCCAGGUAGAACGGCAUGAGGACCUGAUGGGAGGAAUGUAUCUCCUCGUCAAUACGUUAUUGCAGGAAAGCCUAGACCAGUCAAGCUCAUUGAACCUGGCAGGGAAUGUGGACGAAAUACCCGAGAGCCAGGACGACGAGUUCGAGGAAGGGGAAAUUAAGGAAGUUUUUUGUGCAGAGAAGUACGACGAGAUCUACCUAGAGCUGGGGCGUCUUCUGUCAUGUGAAAUGCGGCUAAGAGAUGCGAGCGACAGGGCUCAAAGGAUGCUGCAGCGCUACUUAGUGCGAGACGGUUACCUUUUUGUGAGAAGGGAAGUGGGGAAUCCCAGGAGAGUCGUCUGCGGUAAGAAUCGUCAGAUCGACGUCGUAGCAGCGCUUCACGAUGGUAUUGCAGGAGGACAUCGAGGGGUACAAGCCACAUAUGCCAAGAUAAGUAAGCUGUCUGACUUUACGAAGACAGCCAUGCCAAGAGGAGGGAAGGGGACACGGCCACCUCAGAGGCCGUUGGGCGCAUCAAGAGGAUAUGAGCGGCAUGGGCCUCGCCAUCGAGAGAGUACUCCAGUCUACAAUGAUGGGGACAUCGAGUUAUUCCUGGACAGUUUCUGGGAGCAUGCGAGGCGUAUGGGCUGGACCAUCGCUCAGGCGAUUGAGAGAUUGAGGGGAGCAGAUAUUCCUCGGUGGAGGGCGUCGCUUCAGGGUGAGGGGCAUGGGGAGCAAGCAGAGGAGGUGUCACAAGAGGAGGUGUCACGAGAGGAGGUGCCACGAGAGGAGGUACCAGAGAGGGAGAUACCACGAGAGGAGAUGCCACGGGAGGAGGUACCACAGGAAGAGGUCCGGGGUACUCAGCGAGAGAGAGGGUUGGGCGAUAAGGGGAGACGUGCAGGGAAGGAAGUGAUAGAGGUUGGAGAGGACACGCCCCCACAGACGCCAGCAGUGGGUUUGAGACUCGGGGAUGCACCAGGGAGCAUCCGGCAGGCAAAGGAGGGGUUGCAGAGAGAGGAGACCCCUUUACCUUCGCCAGAAAAGACUCCUUCGACAGAAGGGAGGGCAGAAAGGAGGAGAGAGAGGGCAGCUGUAAGGAGAGAAACUUUGAUCGUGAUUGAUAGGCACCUAGCAGCUCAUGCCCUGGAGCACCCAGACCUGGAGGAGCCAGCACCUGCAGAGCCACGCCAGGAGUCAUGCCAGCCCGAGAAGGAGAUGGAAGCAGAGAUCCCAAAGAGGGUCGAUCUCCGCACGAGGGAAAGGGUGUCAGCUGGAGAGAUGGCUAAAGAAAAGAGGGCGAGACGAACCAGGCGGAUAGAUGAGAUAUGGUAGGAGAGGUAGAGGUUGGAGGCAGCGGGGGAGCUCCCGGAGCAGCAGCAGGAGAGGCAGAGAUCGGAGGCAGCAGGAGCACUCCCAGGUCAGCCACCCAGCGCACCAGCUAGGGCCCCAGAGAUCCCUGAGAUAUGGAGGGACUUCUGGGAGUAGAGAGGAGAGGAGCUUCCAUCGCCAGUCAGAGCCGGGUUUGGGGUGACUAGGAAGGCGGAAGAAAGGUUAGAUCGUAAAAUCAAGUUUCUGGCCAAGA